UCUUGUUUUAUUUUUAUUCUCUUCGAAUAAACCUCCAUCCACACUAUUUCACCAACCUUCAUUCUCCCCUCUCCCAACCCAAAACCUCCCCCCUCCCUUUGUCAAUGGGCCUGCGCAUCAUACUCACUGUUGCCACCAUUGCAGCAGCCGCUGUCUCUACCGCCGCCGCCGCCGCCGCCGAAGUAAGCACGACACUGAACACCGAUGUUACAAAGUACAGCUUCAAUGACGCCAACUACACAUACUGCGACCCAGGAUACCCGCAAACCCAGUCGUACGCCGCAGUGCCCGACGCACAACUCGAGUUUGUCCAAGCGGUGGUCCGCCACGGCGACCGCACCCCAGUGCACCUCAUCCCCAAUGACGAGACAACGUGGACCUGCGACGGAAUCAACGAAAACAUGUAUUUGCACAGCUCUGCCGACCCGAAGAACACCACGGGGUCUGUCCAGCAAGUCAUUGACAUUCCGGCGUGGAACGGGAAACACGGGUUUUCCAACCAAGUAUGGCGCGGCACCUGUGAGGUCGGCCAGCUGACGGACCAUGGAAAACUCCAGCACCGCACGCUAGGCUCCCACCUACGCAGUAUCUACAUUGACAGGCUUGGCUUCCUCCCCGACAAACUCACCAAUCCCGAGCAGCAGGUGUACGCCCGGAGCACGUAUAUUUGGCGCACGAAGAAUUCCGCUGAGAGUCUUCUGGGAUCGCUAUGGCCCGACCGUGGCGUAUUGCCAGGCUCUGCAAUUAAAUUGCAUUCGUUGCCGCAGUUUGUCGAAACCAUGUACGGGAACGCUGAUGCUUGUCCAGCUAUUAAGAAUAUUUUGACGCUGAUUUCCAAAACCGACCAGUACCAGCAGUUCCUGAAGAGCCAGGGUCCGCUGAUGGCAAAGCUCGCGGGUAUUUUUAAUGUCAAUGGUAAUCGGUGGAGCGAUACUUGGGACGGAUACUUUGACGUACUUAAUGCCCGUCACUGCAACAGCAAGGACCUCCCUUGCAGCCACGCCUUGGUCGGUGGUGCAGCCAAUAAUUCCACUGCUAAAUGUGCCACGGUCGAGGAUGUUCUGCAGGUGCAGCACAAUUCGCACUAUGAGCUCACGUAUAAGAUGCGCGAUAGCACAUGGUCGAAGCAGCUCAUGCGCCUGUAUAUCGGCUCAUUCAUUGGCACGCUGAAGGAGCAGAUGGAGCAGCAUGUGGCGGGGAAAGCCCCCGGGCUUAAAUUCGCCCUAUACUCUGGCCACGACACAACAGUUCUCCCCCUGCUCGCUGCUCUGAGAGCAUCCAACCAAGGAAUGCUGUGGCCGCCGUAUGCGUCGAAUAUUCUUUUUGAACUGUGGAAAAAGUCCGAUGGUAGCAGGGUUGUCCGCGUCAUAUAUAAUGGCGAAGUGCUUAGGCUGAUGGAGGGCUCGGAGUGGUGUGACCUUAAUGCUUGUCCGAUUGACACUUUUUAUAAGCAUUUGGAUGAGUAUAUCCCGAGAGAUAUUGCGACAGAGUGUGUUUUCAAAUAGACAAUUUUCUUAGCUUUUUUUAUUUAUUUCGUCGGCAAAGUCCGUCAACAUUGAGCGUGUACUGCUUU